AGUUCAACGUCCAACUAAAGUGUUUUUUUUCCAACAUGGAUCUGAAGGGCCUGAUAGACCUGGUAGCUGAGGGUCUAACGGACCCCAGCAAGGCCGCGGUGCUGCUCGGAGGAGCCGUCGUCACCCUGCUGGCUCUCGGUCUGGGCUACAGGUUCCUCUGGAGGCCGGAGAAGUUGCUCCGUGUCGGCGUCGUGUCGCAGCUGCUGGUCCACCCUUUGAAGUCUGGGAGAGCCGUUCAUGUGGCUCUGGCAGAAUGCCUCAAGUUCGGCCUCAAGUUCGGGGAGCUGCAGGAUCGACACUGGCUGGUGGUGACAGAGGACGGUCACAUGGUCACGGGUCGACAGGAGCCUCGGCUGGUUCUGGUGUCUCUGAGCUGCCAGGAAGGAAAAGUUUGUCUGAACGGACCGAACAUGGAGGAGGUCCGGUUCCCCUUAGAGCAGCCGGAGAACCGAAUCAUCGACUGCAGAGUGUUUAGUACGGACAUUCAGGGCCGUGAUUGUGGUGACGAAGCGUCUCGGUGGCUCACUGCUUUCCUCGGGGCAGAAAAAACCUUCCGCUUGGUUCACUUCGAACCUCAGAUGAAGCCGAGGAGGCCGGCGGAAAGUGAGCCCCAGUUCUCUCAGCAUGAAAAGGUGGCGUACCCAGAUUACGGCCCCGUCAUGCUGCUGUCGGACGCUUCGGUCAAAGAUCUGAGCAGCAAGUUGGACCGACCCGUCACUGCUGAGAGGUUUCGCCCAAACAUCGUGGUCAGCGACUGUGAAGCUUUUGAAGAGGAUUCAUGGGAGGAGAUCCAGAUUGGCAGCGUGCGGCUGCAGCGUGUAAUGUCAUGUGGAAGGUGCAUUUUUACCACAGUCGACCCCGAAACCGGGAUAAUCAACAGAAAAGAGCCUCUGGAGACGCUGAAGAGCUAUCGUCUGUGCGAUCCAUCUGAGAAACACAUCUACAAAUCGGCUCCUCUGUUCGGGCAGCUGCUCACCGUGAAGAAGACGGGGAUCCUUCAGGUCGGCGACGUGGUUUACAAGAUCAGCCGCUGAAGAAACGUGACGUGAAAACAUUCAGGAGGCAGGAGAGGGGUUUUAAAUCAGCACUAAUUAAAGAAAAAAAACACUUAAAUACAUGUAGUCUGCACAGAUAGGCAAAUAAUACAGCACUAACGUUGUAGAAAGCACAAAAACACUAUAUGAAAUGCAGCAACGAAUCCACUGACAUGAUUUUUCACAGCAUUUUACGUAUAUAAUCACGCAGUUUUUUCAAAAUAUUAUGGAUGUGUUAACUGUAAUUCCACUGGGCUUUACCUACGUGUGGCUGUUGUGUAAAAUUAAUAAAAUCUGAAUUAAACACACAUAAAACAUC